CAUGGAGCUGCACGGUGAGCGCGUAUCUGCUCCCGCAGCUUCGUCGUCUUCUGGGGAUCGCUCGCAGGUUACGGUGUCCAGGGAGCUGCUGACCGCGGGGAGCUCGGGUUCGCGAGGUAUCUGGGACCAGUUGCUCAUCAGCUCUAAACCCCAGCCCAGGAAGACCUCUACUGUUCAAACAGUUCGGAUGCAGAGGAGCCCUUUGUUAGACCAAGUGCAGGCGUUCCUCCCACAGCUGGCCCAGGCCAAUGAAAAGCUUCGGAAGGAAAUGGCGGUUGCUCCAGCAGAUCGCUUCAAUAUUGAAAACACCGAGGGGACAUCCGGGAACAUCGUACAGAUGGAUGUGGCCUUAUUUGAGAUGAAUCGGUCAGAUUCAAAGGAAGAGGGCAGCUCAGAAGAGAGCUCCUCUGACAGCUCUGCAGACAGCUCAGAGUCCGAAGAUGAAGACUGCACCCCCUCCGAAGUCACUGUGGACAACAUAAAGCUUCCGAGUGCAGAAGGUUGCAGAGGCAAGAUUGAAGUGUUAGAAAGUCCGGCAAGUAAAAAAAAGAAGCAGUGAGGUAGAGGGAUGGAGAGAGGCAGGAGGCACACCUGCCACCUGUUGGGGGGGCGGCCCCCCAGGGUCCUGGGCUUCAAGGUCCCUGUGGCGCCUUAACUGUCAAAAAGAAAAAUUCACAAAUUUGGGGGUGUUGUACAUAGAAAGUGUUCAGACUGCAGGGAGGGUCAUGCCCUUGGAAACUGAGAAGGGAAAUAGGGAAGAAAUGACUGGAUUGGCUACAUGCAGAUAUUUGCCCAAGUUGGCAUGGUCUGAACUGUGAUGUCUGUGACUCAUUGAUGUUCAUCUAUGCUAAAAUCAGGGCAUUGGUUACAACAUUCCCACUUCCAAAUUAGAGUUUGGUUUGUUUGUGUACCAAAGCAGGUUACAGUUUGUUAUAUAGGAACUGGGUACUAGAGACCAGCCCAGGAUAAUGGCCCCCUGCCAUUUAAGGUGUUUUUAUUUUAUUUUAUUCACAAAAACCGAAGCUGCCUUUUAAAGUUCUGUAAUGGACAGCAUGUGAUUGACAUCCUGUGAGGGUAGACUGACCUUUGCUCUUGCCGUGAAGAGGUUUAGUGUUUACAAAUACCUGCUAUAUCACUGUGUACAUGUUGGUGUAUGAAUUCAUGUAAACAUUGGCUUCAAACUGUAAUGGUGCCACAGCCUAAAGAAUGACUCCAGUUCUCCUGUGACUUGGGUAGCUGUUCUGACUCAAUGGUUAUUGAUUUAUGAGGACUAGUGCCCAAGGUGAGAGGAGGAGGCACCCCCCCCCCCCAGGUGGCUACUUGAGUGUAGGACCAGGCCUUGGCUACCUGGAGGGCGUAGCAACAGCUCUCACCUACCUAGGUGGCUUGACAUUCUGUGUGCUGAUGCCUCCUCUGACCCUGGGUCUCCAGUUGGUCCUCUAGCAGCUGUUGCUCCACAGUAAGGACAGGUUAGGGCAUCAGCCCUGAACCCAGUUCCCCCCCCUCCAGCUCUUGGCGCCUUCAUGUACCUUCUUCCUCUCUCGUCCCUGAGCCUUAGAGAUACUAUUUCCCCUGAGAACUGAGCCAUUGGGCUGCUGUACCAAACCAGGAGCAGACAAUUGUGGAGCCUUCCUCUGAAAGCGAUCCAGGCCGUCAGAAGGGCACACACCCCUGAGCCAGUGGUCAAAAGCAUCCUACACAACCAAGUAUCGUGUCUUAAUUGGGUUCUCUGUUAUCCAGUGACUGCACACAUCCUGACCACAGCUGUGUGAAUACCCAGUCUAGCCUGGUUUUCCAAUUACCAGAUUUUUAGACUGAAGAGACAUCUGAUGGGUGUACUUCUGAGUUUGGUAAUAAGCUUAGCCAGGGCUUUGUUUAUAUUGCCAGCAUAGGGCCCUUGCUUAAGGACUGGAUAUUCCUGUGACAGACAAUGGCUUCACACCUUGGUGAGUGCCAAGCUGCAGAGCCACAGCACAGGCAUAAAAGAGUAAAGCGUUCUUUUUACCAUGUGCAGGAGAACAGAGACUGUAUAGUUUUUUCAAACUGGACAUGCUCCCCAACAAAUGGUGGACUCUGUAUUUGGGAAGCUUGUGCAUAAUUACAAAGGGAAGGCAUGUUGGAAGCCGAUCAUUUCCUUCUGCGUACUGUUACAGUUGUAUCUCAGAGAGGAAAGGUGGCAGGAACAUCCUUGGGGAUCGCCUACGUUGUAAAGACGGGUGGGGGGAAGGUUCUCGUAGAACUCGGCGGGUGGUCAGCGGCUGACCUGGGAUAGCUAGGUUAUAGGACGUGACUGACAGCUCAGAGACGGCCUAGGAGUGGCUCUAGGUGUGUCCCCUCGCUUGGGAAUAUAAAGCCCCACACAUGUUCUGCUGUUUGUUUACCUGGUGCCCUUUUGCAACUUGAAGGAGGCAGCCACUGUGCACCCAUCGGAAGUAGUGUCUCACUCCUUCUGGGCACAGUGGAUCAGAAUCUCAUAAUGCCCAUUUUGGUCCAGUUUCAUGAUGCCCAGAAAGAAGCAUGUUCAUGGCACCCCUACCUGACUAGAGAGUCUGUCAUGUGUGCAGUAGUCUGUUUGUCAUCACCAUGGUUUAUAGUGGUUGCUGCCCAGUGCCAGAAGAGGCAGCAACAGUCUGACUCCAGUGCACAAAUACUCAGAAGACAAUUGUGUUAGUUUACUUUCCUAUUUCUGUGAAGAGAUGCCGUUACCAAGGCAAUUUGUAAAACCGAGAUUUCAGUUGGUUUCUUCCUGACAGUUUCAGAGGGGUGAGUCUGUGAUCCUCGUGGUGGGGACGGUGGGAGGCAGACCUUCGUAGCAGCACAUCUCUUACCCAAGCCGGAGGCAGAGAAUGAGACUGGGCCUGGCUGAGCUUUUGAAACUUCCUCCUAAUCUUUCUUUUCUUUUUUUUUUUUUUUUUUGGUUUUUUGAGACAGGGUUUCUCUGUAGCUUUGGAGCCUGUCCUGGAACUAGCUCUUGUAGACCAGGCUGGUCUCGAACUCACAGAGAUCCGCCUGCCUCUGCCUCCCGAGUGCUGGGAUUAAAGGUGUGCGCCACCACCGCCCGGCUCCUCCUAAUCUUUCUUACAAAGGUCCACCCACUAGGACCGUUCUCUCUUGAACUGCCACGACAAUUGGGUACGUGUUUUGUUUAGCAAAGUGGUGGCUGUCUCUGUUUGGAUGUGCGUUUCUGUUCCUGACCUAACGAGCAUUCUAACGGGGAGGGGUCUGGACAUAUAACUGGAAGAUUGUUGACUGUACCUGUGCUGAUGGCACCACAGCUGAACCUGCUGUUACCUGUGUAACAAGCAGGUAAUGGGGUUUUUGGAGUCCAUAGCCAAAUGAGGCUGUAUGGCCUGAACAGCGCCCCCUGAUGCUGACAGCUAACCACUGGGGAUACAGUGUAUCCUGGUUUAGUCCCAGGUUGGUGUUCUAGUCUCCUGAAGGCAGAUCCUACGUUGUCGUUAGCAGUGGGUAGAUAACCACUUAUCUCAGCUACACACCCAGGUCUAGUGUGGGAACCUCUAGGAUCCAUCUCCCUGGCAAGCAACAGGAAGGUAGACCACCCCUGCCAUUGGAGUUUAUUCAACAGCCUUGUGGUUGCUGGAAGCACCAUUUAUUUGCACGUGGUGUCUUUAUUUAAAUGUUGGCUGUCGUUUACGCAUUCGUGCCAUUUCUGCGGUCUGAUUCUGUGACACCUUAGAGACUUGGCAAAAAGCCCUCCAGCACCCCCUUUUGGAUAUGCUGACUGUACUGUCAGUGAAGUGCACCCUGCUGGACCCACCUGCUUCAGGCUUUCCCUCUUGGCUAGCAGUUGCUCCAGUAUUGUGGAUAUUGGGCUUAACACCCCUGUCUGCCAGUGAAACGAAGCCCACUGAAAACUGUUGAGGGGUAGGCCCUAGGGACCGGUCUCUAAGGUAAAUAUCAGGGCACUAGGCACACAGUCAUUUACACUGUCUCACAAGAGUCUAAGUUCAUGCAAAGCUUCGGAGGGAAAGGGGUUAUGUUGGGAGAUGGAUGGGGCGUUGGAGUGCUGAUGAUCAGGAUGGAUUGUUUACAUGUAUGAAAUUAUCAAAAAAUGAAUAA